GUCGAACACUCGCACCCGCAGCAACGGAAACAACGGCCUGCAGAGAACCCGGCCGGAGAAAAUAUAAAAUCGAGCCGCGUGACGGGAACUACCACGACAGCACUUCGGCGCUCCGGCCCCCAUCCAACCGCUGCCUCCCCGAUCUCGGCGCCCGAUCAGGCUCCUCUCCGACCGUCCUCCGAGUCCUUGCCUCCUUGGAGGAGCUUCGAGCCUGACCCGGGCGUCCCAUGGUGGGUCCGAUACAUCGGGGCCGCGAGAUCUAGGGUUUUCGAGCCGCGGUGGGAGCGAUGGGGCGCCGGAAGAUCACGACGGCGGCGGCGGCGGCGGCUCCUCCUCGGGGCUCGUCAAGGGCUGGGGACGGUGUCAUAUCAGAAAUUCGGGAGAAACAUAAAUUGGAAUUGGAGAAUUUGACGCUAACAAAGCAUCCAUUCAGGACAUUGCACUUCUUCAACUUAGCUAUGUUGCAAUACUUCAAAAGAUUAGCAACAUAUAUCCUAAGUAAAGGUGCUUUGUUUGUUCUCCUAAUUGUUUUGGUGGUAAUUCCUGGAGUUACGCUUCUGGUUACAGAUGGUCUGCACAAAAAGCAUGUCCAGGAGUUCCUUAAUUAUGCUAGAUUUGUGUUGUGGUGGGUUUCAUUAGGCGUUGCCUCGUCAAUUGGACUAGGUUCGGGUUUGCAUACAUUUGUGCUUUAUCUUGGGCCCCAUAUUGCUCUCUUCACUAUCAAGGCCGUUCAAUGUGGCCGAAUUGAUUUGAAGACCGCUCCAUACGAUACCAUACAGCUUAAACAGGCACCAUCAUGGCUUGAUAAGAAGUGUUCGGAAUUUGGAUCACCAAUGUACCAUGCAUCAGAUCAUUCAGUGAUGAUCCCAGUCUUUGAUUUACUCCCACAGGUUCAGUUGGAAGCUGUUCUUUGGGGUAUCGGGACAGCACUGGGCGAGCUUCCUCCUUAUUUUAUAUCACGAGCUGCUCGUUUGUCAGGAAGUGAGAUAGAAGCUGUUAAGGAGCUGGAUGUUGCUCCGUCGACAGAAGAUGGUCCAAUAGCAUCGACUCUGAAUCGCACAAAACGCUGGCUUCUUUCUCACUCUCAGCAUCUCAACUUCUUCACUAUCUUGAUACUUGCUUCGGUUCCAAACCCGCUGUUUGACCUUGCUGGUAUCAUGUGUGGUCAAUUUGGUAUACCAUUUUGGGAGUUCUUCUUUGCAACUUUGAUUGGGAAGGCCAUCAUCAAGACUCAUAUUCAGACACUCUUUAUCAUCUCGUUAUGCAACAACCAACUCUUGUAUUUUAUGGAAAAGGAAUUAAUCUGGAUAUUUGGCCAUAUUCCUGGGUUUUCUGCCACCCUGCCAUCUGUUAUCGCCAAACUCCACAGUGCCAAGGAGAAGUAUUUAUCACCACCGGUGUCAGUCUCACCAUCCUCACAAAUGGAGGAUAAACAGUGGAAUUUCUCUUUCGCACUGGUCUGGAACACUGUAGUAUGGCUUGUGCUUGUGAACUUCUUCGUUAAGAUUGUCACAUCAACGGCUCAGGAUUAUCGGAAAAGGCAGCAGGACGUAGAGAUGGAACUCAUUACUGAUUCCUCGUCCUUGAAUCAUUCUAAAACUAACUAACAGGAAAAUGGUUGUAUUUAUUUGGCUGCAAGUUGCGAAUAUUCUCCUCAGUAGCCUUAACGCCUGGCAAGGCCCUUUGCAGAUGAUACCAACGCUGGUAGAAGUUGUAUUCUUCUGUACAGUGAGCAGAAACAUGGGCUUCGCCAACCUGCCCCAAGUGAUGGCUGCGACCUUUUGUCACCGAGCCUCCGCUGGCAGUUCCUUGAGGAGACCAAGCCUGUUAUUUUUCAGAAGUCACAUGGAUGAACUUUAGGAAUUGUUUGUUUAGCACGAUUGCAUUACUAAGAUGUACGACAGAUAGUACUUUUUACCUGCUCAUUUUGGAAAUACGAUAGCCGCCAGGGCACCUGAUAGGAUUCAACGUUGAUAUGUUUUAUUAUCACGUUCACUAAGCAAAUGCGAAUUUGCAAUUGGAGACAGCUAUAUCUAGUGGAGUUCUUUGGCUA